CUUGCCUUCAAGUUUCUUCCCCCGUAACCGUCCUCGACUACAACAUGGGCUUUUGCUUCUCCUGUUGUAGGCGGCAGAAACCUUCACGCUUGUCCGACCAUUCACCCGACCGUGAGCCUCUCCUCGGGGAGGGCCGUAUCCCAUCUGGAUUAGGCUAUGUUCGAAAGGACUCCCUUCCACCUCCGCGUACGGUGUACGACAAGGCGGCUGACAUAGUCGCUGCCUUGAUUGCGGGGAAGCUACCAACUCAGGAACAGGCGAAUCGUCUCCUGCGGUAUGUGACGAGCUCUGAUAUACUUACGGAAGAAGUAGCAUGGGAAAACGCUCCCAGAACGGAGGAGGAAGAGGGGUUGAGAGAUACUUGGAGGAGGUUGCUGGGAGAUGUCAGGAAUGCCGGGCAGGCGUUACUCAAGUUCGGGAUGGAGAAGAACGAUGAUGAUAGGCUCCAAGAUUUGCUCUACCAGUUACGCUCCAUUACCGCUGAUUCGGUUCACGCAGACGUCGCGCUGGAGGUGGCCCAGGAAGUGAACGUCGAUGUAAGCGCAGUUGUGCACGAACUUCCUUCACAAGAAGAAGCAGCUUCCGAUGCAUCCUCUCUUCUCCACUCCAUCUACACAUUAGCAUACGUCCUGCUCACGUCCGCUGCAUUCCGGGUGAUUCUCUCCGAUGUUCUCCUUAUAGCACGGCAAGCUGUCGCAGACGUCGCGGCGCGCGUUGGGAAUGCUGCUGCGACAGUAGAGAACAUCGCUGACGACAUUGAAGAAACAGUUCGACCUGGAGGCGGCACGGUAGAAGAAAUUAGGUGGAAGGCAUCAGAGGCAGUAGACAACAUCACGGAUGGAGCACUCGAAGGAAACCCUCACGACUACGCGACCGGGAGCACACCAGGAAUCACGGAGCAGAUCCAACAGGCGCCAGAUAAAAUGAAAGAGGCCGUAAUACGUCAAUUGCAGGACGCCGUAGCUCGAGCACACCGACAGCCAUCGUUCCGCUCCGCCCUCCGCACAAUCCUCAACAUCUCACGCAAAUAUGCCAUGAAAGUCCGCGCGGCAUCGGAGGCAUUCUCCGACGCAUCGGCGCCGGUCUUCACGCUCACUCCCGUCGUAUGGGCGGACCCUCCUGUAUCCCGAGCCCUUGAAAACCUGCGUAUCCUUCUAGAGCGAAUGUCUUCCGGGUACGAUCUCUCCUACCUCCUAUCCGCAUCCUUGGCGGUCAUCACCGACAUCGUCGCCGCACCCGCCGAAGCGCUCUCCGAAAGCGAGAGCAAAGUCGUCCUCAGGACCUGGUUUGGCUCCCUCGGAGAUUGGCUCGACUGUGCGCUCCGCGAUCCCAAGUAUGUCACGUCCGAGACAGGCUGCAUGCGCAUCGAGCAGUUGUACGACCUCGCGCACAAGCUCGUGCAAGACGCCGAGGCCGACCCAGAGUCUCAUUGGGUCCAGCAUGUCCGGACAUUCCUGGCAGAGGUCGAUAGCUUCAUCUCUGCCCUCGGACAGGACCGCACGACGAACGAGCUCAUCAAGUCCUUGUCGGACCUGGCCACGUCCGUCGCCGACGCCGGUGCGGAUUUUCGCGCGAGCCUUCCCGGAGCGCUGCGCGGGCGCGCAAGUCUCGCAAGGCGCGAGGCGCUCCAGAGUUUCGCGCUCUGGCUCCUACCAAGGAUUUUGAGAGUAGCGAGCGCGAUACCGAUGCCCCGCAUCGAGUACGUUGACAGCACUAUCGAAGCUGUGAUCGACGCUAUACUGUUAACGGCUCCUCGACACGGCGUUCGAGGGGAGGAGACUUUGGGGGUCCAAUCGUCGCUCGUUCCAGAUCGCGUCAGUGUCCAGAGCUGGAACGAGGUCGUACUCGACAUCGAUAACACCAUCGUCCUCCCUCAGCCAGGCCCCUCCCUUCUGCCCUCCCUAGCGGGCACGCUGGAGCAAGUCGGUCUCGCGGAAGCCGUCGAGGAGGGCCCUCCUCUACCGGCGUCCAAGAUCCAGUCGCAGACCACGCGGACGAGCGUGAGCGCGCGGACCCGGACGCGCGUGCAUGUAGAGGGCGUGCGUGUGUCCGCCCAUGACGUCGCGUACUACAUGCUCUACAAGGGCGCACGCUGCUGCGGGCUGCGUGUCCCGUUCACGUCGUACGAGGACGAAGGGCUGAUCAGCGUCGACGUCGGCAAUCUCGAUCCCGACCCUUCUCGGGGCGGCACGGGGACAGGCUUGGUCGUCGACGUCGAGCUCGAGUUCGACUCGGGCGCCGCCGCGCAGCUCGAAAGCAACAGCACUUGGCUGUCGCUUUUCACGAGCUCUGACCCCGGCCGAGCUCCGUCCGCGGGGCCGCUGUUCAAAGUGACCGACGUGCAUGUCGACGUCCGCGGGCUGCACAUCGACCUAGCCCGCACCCGACAUGCGAUCCUCAACGGGCUCUUCGUCCGGCCCCUCGCGGGACCAUCUGCACGCGCGGCGGUGGCGUGGGUCCUGAGCGAGCAGAUCCGCACAGCUCUGGAGAGCCUCGCGCAGUUCGGGGGAAAGGUAAGGGAGAGCGCGCUUGCACGUCAGGGUGCGGGGUCUUCGAAGCCCUCAUCGGAAGGAGCCGAAGACGGCAGCGAGGAGAGCGCAGGGGCUGCCGAGGCAUGGUGGGGCGCGUUCCUGGAAGAGCUCGGACUCCUCGGGUCCGCUCAGGGUCAGCCCGGUCUUGGUGAUGACGAAGGAACCUACGAGGACGAGGACGGAGACGAAGAGACGCCGCUCGUCGAGACGCACACGCGCGCGACGGCCCGAGGGGUCAUCCGGACGACCGUGAUACAGGACUCUGCAUCCACGGGUGCGGACCCGGAGGAGAGCGUGCUCGCUGUCGGGAUCGGUCCCCAGAUCCUCCCAGGGAAGGGCGGGCCGUACAGCGAACGCUCGUCGCAAGACUCGGACUCACUGGCGGACGAUCUCAGUCUGAAGGACGCACGAGUGCGCGCAACGGAAGAGGCCAGGGAUGCUGCGGGGGAGGUGACUCAGGCGCAAGAGAGUGCAGAGGAGAGUCUGAGGGCCGAUGUCGAGCAGGUGGUACAGAUGAGAGAGGAGAUAACUGGGGCGGAGGCUAGGGGCGAGGUGAGGACGAGAGUGGAGAGGAAGAAGAAAGGUUGGAGGAGUGCUGCGUUUGACUUGUGGUAACGGAACGAUCAGGUGAGCCCAGAGACGACAUCCGAGAUGAGAACGUUCGGACUCUGUACACUUCUGCUCACAAAUCGAGAUUACUUGCAAGGUGCCGCAGUAAGCUUCGCGGUCUGCACCCCGGCGUCGAGUACCCUCAUGGCGGUAGUUCGGUAACACACGUGACCGCGUCAUCGGCAUCCGGGCAUCCGUAGGGCUACAGGCAUCCACGAUACCAAUGAUAGCACAAACGAUCAGAGCGGACUCUGAUAGAGAUUGCUGCUGAUAGAGACAAGUACAGAUACAGUCGGUGGGUAAUCUUACACCGCGGCGCGUUUACUCUGGGGUUCGAGAGGAUUCCAUGGCUCAGGCAGAGAUGGAGGGCUCGAGUGAGCCGGGGACGAUUUCCACCCAG